AUGCAUUUGUUCGCCACCAUCACCGUCUCAGCGCUUCUCGCCGCCUAUUUUGCCAAUGCUGCAACUACCGCAAAGAGCGACACCGAACUUCUCGAGCAAACGAAAAAGGCUUGCGAAAAAAGCUACGACGAGCUUGUGAAGCUUAACAAGGAAUGCCAUGCGACGUGCAAGACGAACAGCGUGAGCAACAUAUUUGGAAAUAACCAUCAGCUAACCGAUUUCGAAAAGUAUGCUCUGAGACACAAAAACAUAUUUUCGUCGUCGAAGACUGAUGAAGAAAUCGCCAAGGCCUUCCUUCUUGCUAUUAAGAAAGGAAAAUUGGAGUCCGAAAUCUCGUCCAGCGAACUCGAUAAAUUUAUUAGUAAAAUUGUGGAGCAAAUCAAGGAGAGAACCGGAAAUAAUUUCAAAUUGAGCCCAAUCGAUUCAACCACCUUCGUUCCAACAAUCUUCGGAGAGACGAUUCGCAACCAAAUUCCACCAAUUCAAUACACAUUUGAAAUUCCUCUCCAAACUCAACAACCACGUCAGACGGUCUACCCGCAACCGAUCAACACUCGCCCGAUCGUCAGCAAUGGAGGAUAUGUCGCCGUCCCACAACAACCACAGCCGCAGCCACAGCCGCAACAACAAGGAUACGUUACUUCGAAUAAAAUGCGAUUCGCGAUUCACGUCCUCCUAAUCGCUAUUAUUCUCAUUGCUACUACAUUUGCGCUGCCUGUGCCGUGCAAAUGCCAAAUCGAUCCCGACACCGGAAUCGCUUCAACAUUUUGCGAAGGUCUCACCGAAGCAAUGGACAAGAAGACACCAAUUCUUGAUUAA